CCAGCCCUAGGCUUGAUGACUUUUUUUGUUUUAGGUUAAUAUCUGAGUUUGGUUUAGCUAAACAAAUUACUUUUUUAUAUGGUUGAUUUGGAAUGUCAAAUUGAGUAUGUGUUUUCAAGACUCUAACACUCUUUGACUUUAUUGAUCCUCCGUGUGACCGAGGGCAAGGUACGAAGCAAAAUCAUCCCCUUCUGCGUUUAAAGUAGUACGAAAAGUGCAAUGCAGCGUGACAAGAUCAUCUUAAUACGAAGUACGUUUUGAGCAUCAUUGUCGGGAUCAAAGGUUUCUAAGUACAAGGGUUGACCUUGUAAGCUUCUUACUUGAUAAGACCCGGAGCUCGUAAAAGUCUAGGUUCUUUUGACAAAAAUUGCGCAGUCACAAUCUUUUUAGGUUUUUUUUUUUUUUUGAAUUUUCUCUCAACAACUAAAAAAAGUAAAGUUACGACGGAUUGGAGUGUAAUCUCACACUUAGGAGAAGACUCUAUCAAUAUGAGGGUAGAGGCUCGACCACGAUUAAGGUGAUUACUUGAUUAAUACGAAACAAACACUCAGGAAAUUAAAGGUCAUCAAUUCACAAGAGCAAUUUCAAAAGUAAAAACUAAACGAGCCAAAAAUGAUUUUUUCUAUUGAACAUCCAUCUCUCUCAAACCAGAGUUUACAACCCUUUAAAUAGGUCUGAAAAAUAAAACUAAUGAAAGUACAAAAAAGGAAAAAGGAAUUCUAAGCGAAAAAGGUAACUAAAACUCGUUAGGGCCAAAUCCCAUAUCGUGCAGCAUAAAAUCCCCCAUCGGGGAUUAGCACCCCCAUGAGGCCAUGACCGGGGGUCAUUCUGAUCUCAUUUCCCUCUCGCGAACGUCAGAUUCCCUAUAAGGGAUUUUAACCCACAUGAUAAGGAAUUUUUCCUGAUCACCAUACAAUCUUUAUGCUGCUCGUUUGGUGUCCAGAAAACUUCAAUCUUCUCAACCAACGUUUUCGCGACCUUUAAUUGAACUUAUAAUUUGAUGUCCAAUUCCAAACUUUCCUUGAAUGCCUCCCCAGCAAAACGAGUAAGCCUCCAAGUAGGUACCACAGACUGUUUCCCAGACUUAGCCAAAUUUCUAUCUUCUUCUUUCUUUGACUUGGUUUCUUCUUUGAACAUCAAUGGAAAUGGUUUUGGGUCACAAUUCAGGAUCACAUCUUUACUACCUAAGAUUGAAAGUCACGUGUCACCGUGAAGAUCUAGUGAGGAGAAGAAUGUUGAGCCUAGGUUUGUUUGUGGACAAGAAAUGUUCAAGUGUGGCGUUAUUUAAUUAAGCAUAAUUAAUAUUCUUACCGUGGUAAGAUCCUUGGUCCCAUAAUUUUUAUAAAUAUUAAAAAAAGACCGAAUUGAUUUUAUAGCCGGACCAGACUAAACCCUAAUCGAAAGCAAUGAUGAUUCAACAAUUGAUCCUAAACUUCACCGUUGCAGACAAAAAAUUGAUCGAGCGGUUCUUCCACUAGUCUUCAAUUUAAAGGUUCCGCAUUUGAACAACUAACAAUUAAAAUAAACUGAUAUCACCCUAACGAAAUAAAAUAAAAUAAAAAAGUUGUUUUCAUUGUGUUUCCACUAGCAGCAUACCCUCCACCUAGGGAUGGCAAUCAAACCCAUGGCCGCGGGUAUCCGACCGCCCCCGACCCAGUCAACGCGGGUAAUCUCCGCAUUGAUCGGAUAUAGGACGGGUAUGGGUAAAACCCGCAAAAAGUUUGAUGGGUAUGGGGCGGGUAUGGGUUUAGCCUCCUCCGACCCAUACCCAUACCCAUACCCGCCCCACCAAAAAUAUUUCUUCACAUAUAAAAUGUACAUUAAUUAAAUUGUAAUCUAUCAUUAAUAGCAAGGGUAACUCAUGAAAAUAAAUAGUAGAAAUACAAUUGAGUGACCACCCAAAUCAAAACAUAAUUCAUUUCCUCCAAAUCUCUCUUCAUUCUUUGACUUUUUCCCUCAUGUUUACAACAUUUUGUUAGUAAAACAUUAUGUUAGUAAGUUAUUUAUUACUUAAUAGAUGUACCAAAGUCAGAGAAUAAUGAUUUGGUUUAUAUUGUUACUCUAUCUUAUGGAUUAUUGGAUGUUUUAGAAUAAGAUGCUUAGAGUAGUAUUAAGAAUGAUUGUUUCUUUGUCGACUUUAUGAAAUAGUAGGUGCGUUUAGUAUUAUAAUUGAAAUUUUUGUAUGUAAAAUUUUAGCUAUUAUAAUGUAGGAAGUACGGGGCAUGUAUUACCCAUGGGUACCCAAAACCCACGGGUAUGGGGAUGGGUUUGCAAAUCCUUCCCCUGCAUGGGUAUGGAGCGAGUAUGGAUUUGAAUAUUUGAAAGGGGGGAUGGAGAUGGUUUAGGCAAACCCGCCCCAAACCCACCCAACCUCCACCGUGUAUUCGUGUUCGUGUACUCUCGCUGUACUAUAAGUUUUGUGUACUGGCACUAGCAGUGAGGCAUAACAUUUUACACCUUCCUUCCAUUCCUCAUAGCCACACAAAAUUUCACCUCACACCCUCAAAUCCUUCAUCUGAUCAUCUCCACCUCACACCAUCAUAUCCCAACACCCCUCACCACGUGUCACUCAACAAUUGGCGAAAUCUAACGCGUUCGCUCCACGUCAGCCUCCACCUCACCACACCCACGGCAGCAAAUCGCCAGAGUCAUCAUCAUCAUCAGUUUUCACCUUCCAGCCAUUCAUCCAUCAUCAUCUAGUCCAUUCCAGAAACAAGCACUAGAAGAAGAAAAAAACGUCUAGUCUUUUUGGUUCAUGGUGGUUCAAGCUUCCGCAUUGCUGAUAAUAGUGUAGCAUUAAUCCCUCUUGGAAAACUAUGCCAUGGAGGCCCUCAAUGCAGCAAGCUUGACACCACUAUCUCUGCUCCGCAACAGAAGGGGAAGAAGACAGACCCAGACGCAUUUCUCCUUCCUUCCAACUACAAUCAUCUCAUCGUCUUCAACCCACAAAUCAUCGACGAGCUCUGCCUCUUCCAGCACUAAGCCGGCACCAGCUGCCAUCCAUGGCGGUCUAAUGCUACUCUCCUCCCUCCUCGGCACCUCCCUCGCCAAAGCUUUAACCUACGAGGAAGCUCUGCAGCAAACGAUCGGCGGCGGCGGCGGCGGAGGGGACUCUGGUUUUGAUGUGAAUGGGUUUGUGGACAGCAUAAUCGGGUUCGGAACCGAUAACCCAAUUGUGGUUGCUGGAGGAGCUGCUGCUGCCUUGGGGGUUCCUCUGGUUCUGUCUCUGUUUCAAAAGUCGCCCAAAUCGUUUGGGAUUGAGUCUGCUAAAAAGGCUUAUGCGGUGCUGGGUGAAGAUCCCACUGCUCAAUUGCUUGAUAUCAGAGCUCCUGCGGAGUUGAGGCAAGUGGGUACUCCUGAUGUUAAGGGUUUGGGGAAGAAGACGGUGCCGAUUGCUUAUAAGAGUGAGGACAAGCCUGGUUUCUUGAAGAAGUUAUCUUUGAAGUUCAAGGAACCAGAAAACACCACAUUGUUCGUUUUGGACAAGUUCGAUGGGAACUCUGAAUUGGUUGCGGAAUUGGUAUCUGUAAAUGGAUUCAAAGCUGCUUAUGCGAUAAAAGAUGGGGCAGAAGGACCCAAGGGCUGGUUGAGUAGCAGUCUUCCCUGGACAGCACCAAGUAAAGGAUUGAGUUUCGAUUUGAGCAAUUUGACAGAGGCUCUCAGUGGUGUGGUUGGAGAGGGCGUUGAUGCCUCGUCUCUCGCUUUAGGAGCUGCAGCCGCUGCUGGCUUGGGUGCUCUGGCUUUCACAGAGGUAGAAACGCUACUCCAACUACUAGGCUCAGCAGCAAUCAUCCAGUUCGCGAGCAAGAAACUCCUGUUUGCAGAGGACCGGAAGGAAACUCUUAAACAAGUUGAUGAAUUCUUGACUACAAAGGUUGCACCAAAGGAGCUUCUCGGUGAGAUACAGCAAAUUGGGCAAGCUCUUCUCCCAUCAACCGGAAAUAGCAAAUCGCUUCCUGCACCAGUUGAGUCCAGUCCAGCACCCGCUACUAGUACUGAAGAGACUAUUCAGAAAGCAGAAGCAACUGUUGCAGAACCACCUCCCCAGGUCAAUGAAGAGACUAUUCCGAAAGCAGAAGCAACUGCUGCAGAACCACCUCCCCUGGUCAAUUCCGCACCAAAACCAGAAGUUAAAGCAGAAUCGGUUCCUGGUUCAUCAAGGCCACUGUCACCUUAUCCAUCAUAUCCAGAUUGGAAGCCUCCAGCAUCACCUUCUCCAUCAAAGCCCUGAAAUGUGAAUGAUCUUGCGGAUUUCUCCACAGAAUGGUUUUCUCCUGCAGAAUAUGCGGAGCUAGAAGAAAGAUUCCAUGUCAUAUAGCGUGAGAGUUAAGAGCCAUUAAAAAUGGGAUCAAACUUGUACUGUUAGUGUAUGUUAUGAAGUUCCACGGGAAUUCAGUAGUACUUUUCAUUAUUGUUGUAUAAGAACUUGUACCAUGCCAAUCGAAUUACAUGGGCUGAUCGUGUAAAUCUGUUGGAGAGAAAUAAGCAAGGAAACAUAGGUUAACACAAAGGGGAUAUGUAACAGGAAGCCUGAGACUCGGGCUUUCUUAUCGCACUCCCACAAGUUGAGGGUUGGUGGCCUUCAAUUUGGCACAGAAGUGGUGAAACCGUAGGCGGGGAAGGGGCUUGGUGAGAACUCCAACUGUUAGCUUGACACCAAAAGUUGAAGCCCUCGAUCCAUAACUACUCUGAUACCAUGACGAAUUUAGCGAAGCGAUUGAAUGCAAAACACAAAUUACGUGAUUUAUCCUUGCAGAAUACAAGACCUCCGUGGGA